GACGGCUCGGUAUUGAUUUGGCCUGCAGAUUUCCAACUGCAGCUUGGACCGUGUGCUGUUUUCCUAGCCACUGGUGGCACCUUGUCGCUGCUAUCUAGCUUCGUGCUGUUGAACUCCCAUGCAGCGAAGCGGACACGAAAGGAAGAUACCGUGCAAAGAGUGCGACGACCCCCACUGCACCGGUCCAAGACAUCCACUCGAGCCGCAGGUGAACUUCUCUUCGAG